GCCGACUAGUGUAUGGUCCAGGAGUUCGAGUAGAUGAAAACGCUUAUGAGCAAAGAGCUUGAGACAUAAUAUAUAGAAUGGGAAGUAACAACAGGAGAGGAAACAUGAGUUGUCUGUUCAUGUUCAAGUCGAAGAAACCUAAAUCCAGAAGAAAUCUCCAGAAAGAAAACAACAAAAACAUUAGAGGAAGAGAUCUAUUACAAAACUCAGCUCCAGAAUUAACGACCACGACAAGGAGGAACCAGACGACGUCGCUUUCGUUUAAUCUCCCAACACCAAGAUCUCUUCCAUCUCCAACGAGUAUAAGAGACUUAUACACUGAGAUAGAACAAAAUCAGAAUCUUAGGGUUUUCUCUUACAAGGAACUCAGUGACGCCACGUGUGGGUUUGACAGAAUACUUAAGAUCGGAGAAGGUGGUUUUGGUAGUGUUUACAAAGCCACCAUUGAUAAUCCCACCGGAGGAGAUUCUCAUUCUCCUCCACUUACCGUCGCCGUUAAGAAACUCAAUCGACAAAGUCAACAGGGGCACAAGCAAUGGCUAGCAGAAGUUCAGUUAUUGGGCGUAGUGAAUCACCCCAACGUAGUGAGGCUCUUAGGAUAUUGCGCAGAGGACACAGAGAGGCUAUUGGUUUACGAGUUGAUGUCAAACCUCAGCUUAGAGGAUCAUCUCUUCACAUCAAGAACCGCAACGUUGUCGUGGAAACAAAGACUUGAGAUCAUGCUCGGUGCAGCUCAAGGAUUGGCUUAUUUGCAUGAAAUCCAGGUGAUAUACAGAGAUUUCAAAUCAUCAAACGUGCUUUUGGACGAUGACUUUAAUCCGAAAUUAUCGGACUUUGGUCUCGCUAGAGAAGGUCCUGAAGGAGACAACACUCACGUUACAACCGCAAGAGUCGGAACAAACGGGUAUGCAGCUCCGGAAUACGUAGAAACCGGCCAUCUCAGGAGACAAAGCGAUGUCUAUAGCUUUGGAGUUGUUUUGUACGAGAUCAUCACUGGUCGUCGCACAAUCGAGCGGAUGAAACCUUUGGCUGAAAAGAUUCUUCUAGAUUGGGUCAAACUAUAUCCUGUUCAUAGCAAAAGCUUUAGAAUGAUCGUUGACCCGAAGCUACGAAGCAAGUAUCCUGUUGCUAUGGUUAGGAGAGUGGCGAAACUGGCUGAUCAUUGUCUGAAGAAGAACGAUAAAGAGAGACCCACCAUGGCCUUUGUCGUUGAAGGUCUUAGGAAGAUCAUUGAGGAAUCAGAUUCCGGAGAUAUGAGAAGUAGUGUAAGAGAAUCUAGGAGCUAGAGGGGUCAUUAGAGCAUAAGAGGAGAUAUGAGAAGUACUAAUUAUGCUUUUCUCUGCCUUUUCUCUGCCACUGAGAUCGACCAAGAGAGAUCAAUGAGAAUUUUCUAAUCACUAUAUAUGAUCAUUGUCUAGCAACAAAUUAUAUAAUCACUGCUAAUCAGUAAGAUCGAUUAAGAGAGACGAAUGAGAAAAAGAUUAAGUGAGACGAAUGAGAAAAAAAUGACUUGAUUGAGUAUGUGUUGUGCACUGUUUGUGUCGAAUACAUAUCAAA